GUAUGCCUGAGGCUGUCAACAUCCCCGGGUGGGCUGGUCACGCCGCUGUGUUUGCAGGUGUUUGCCUGGGGGGGAUUCAGGGGCAGCAACCCGACCAGCCAACCAGCCAAACCAACCAAGUGCAAGAAGAAGGCACGUCCUCCAAGUUCCAUCCACACCAAGUCCCUCUUUCCCCUUCACGCCCACCCCCCAACCGGCCAUUGCUUCUCUUGUCCUCGCCUUGUUCUCCUCCCAUCUCUCGUUGCUUUUCCCUCGUACCGUUGGCCCUUCUCCUCCUGGCCAGGGUUGUCGUUUGCCUUUAUUUACUCCCGCUGUUUAGCUCUGUUUAAUUGAGUUCCAACUCACCCCUUUAUCAUCAUGUCCUCCACCGAGACUGCCUCCCCCAUUGGCAUUGCCAACCUCCCUAACCAGCGGCACAAGAUUGUCGCCAAGCGGGGUGCGGCCUUCACUAUCAUGGUUGGUUGAUUCGGGAUACCGGGCAAUGGAAGGGGCCAGAAUGCUCAUCAAAACAUAUAGGUCGCUGGUGAAUCCGGCUUGG